AUGGCCAAGUUCCCUACCCUCAGCCCACUAGUCAUCGCGUACUUCGCGCUGGUGCUGAGUAUCAGUCUUAAUUUGUCGGCCAUCUAUAUUUUCCGGCAUCGUCCAGAUCCUUGCGAACGCGUCCUGGUAGACGACAGCAGGUUCAGCUACGUUGGAGACGAUCACCCACACGAGCUCCCCAUACACAUACCGAAUAUAGCGCUUACUGUCGAGAACAGCGAGACAUACGGACUUUCGGACUUUCAGGCAUGGGUUGACUGGCGUACACUCGACGCUUUCCCGCACAGCAAUGGCUUCGUCAAGCUAGGACCUGAGGGUGAGAUUUGUCUGGGCUGCAAUGAAGACACACGUAGACUCACGUCCUUACAGGCCAAACCUUUGGUGAUUAUGCGCGGCGGUGACGUCGGCAAACUGUUACUCACCACUCUCGCAGGUAUCGCCAUGUUCCACCAGAUGCAUUGUCUGCAGAAGAUCCGCGAGGCUAUCACCCAGGGUGACGCAGGAAUGCACGUCCGCCACUGCCUGAAUCUUCUGCGUCAAGCCAUCCUGUGCGCUAGCGACACCACUCUUGAUCCCAUGAACAAGCCUAACGGGACCGACGGGCUUGGUGUGGUGCACAUCUGCCGGGACUGGGAGAAAGUGUACGACUUCGUGGAUGAGAAUCAGCGACAGCACGCGAGCUCGUAUAACAGGCCUGAGGGCCAUGACGAGCAGUGA